CCACCAGCUCGUUCGUAAAUCGCGGGAAAAUGGGAAAUUCUUAACUAUAUUCAACUUCAAUAAAGAUCCCUAAAAACCACGAAUCUGAAAGUAGAAAAAGGAUCUUAAAUCCAUUUACAACACCAACAGAACCAACCCCAGGCAUCAUCACGGCAAGAACUCCUGCAAUUAAGAUACCCUGUCUCAAAGAGAACGAACAGAUUACACCUAAUCGGGCCAUCUCACAUCCGGAACGUCCGUGCAGAGAAAUAAUAUUCGAAAUAGAGCAUCAACAGAAACAACUGUAGAAACCACAGAGAAGUGUGACACGUGACCUUAGUAUCCGGUCCUUAAUAUAGAAGAAGGCUAUAUCCUCAGAGUAGCUUGCGAAGCUGGAUUCAACAGCUGUACUGGGGAAAAUCCUCAUUGAAGAAGAAAAAAUGCGGUCCGCCGAGUUGCUGAACGUUAUCGAGGAAUACGAUGGACGGCAAUUAUCGUUACCACCGGUGCCAGUUUCGUUUAUUAAAUUGGAGCCAAGUGAUGACACAGCAUCCGUACCAGUGGAGGACCAUUUACAAGCCGGAGUAGCGCAGCCCUUUGCGGCUACUAAAGUGUUAAUUGGCACUGUAACAAGCACUGUUACGUUAUGCGAGGGAGAAGAUAUUAAAUCAGUUUACGACGUGCAACUGGGAAACUUCGAGCAGACCGGGCAUCGUCACUGGCCUGGUGAUACGGUUGGAAUUCUAACCUACAACCUACGGGAGGAUGUUCAAUACCUUUUGGAUCAUCUGGGCUGCGGAAAAAAUGAUUCGGCAGCUUCGACGGUAGAUAGCAGAUGGCAUGUGGAGGUUGAUAAAGGAACUACCAAGAAGGCAGCCAAAGUACCACCCUUCAUACCGACCACGGUUACCCUGAGACGACUGUUCGCCGAAUGUCUGGACUUACGAGCCAUACCGAAAAAGGCGUUCCUCCGUGCUUUGGCGUCGCAUACAAGCGAUACUUCCCAGCGACGGUUCUUAGAAAUACUGUGCUCCAAAGAGGGCACUGCGGAGUACGAAAAGAUUAUUCUGAAGCAUGGAAACGGUUUUCUGUCGCUGUUGAAGCUUGUACCUUCGUGCCUUCCUCCGGCGUCCUUGCUGGUGGAGCAUCUUCCUCGGCUGAUGCCUCGUCCCUACUCCAUCGCUAAUGCGUACCGUGAGGAUGCAACUCGACCGGUGAUACGGUUUCUCUUCUCGUACAAUCCCACCGAACCAGGCAUUACAACUACCUACCUCCAGGGUGUAAAGCUGGGUUCACAGGUGCACUUUUACUUCCGCCAAAGCAGCGACUUCACGUAUAAGGACAGCGAACUUGCUAAUGACGUGGUGAUGGUUGGAACCGGCACUGGUAUUUCUCCGUAUCUUGCCUUUCUCGACCACAGAGCAGCAGCUCUGGCAACCGGUACCGUCCUCGGAAAGGCACGACUGAUAGUAGGCUUCCGUUACCGAGAUCGAAGCUACCUAUGCCGCGAAGAAAUUGCAGAAUAUGUGCGUAGAGGCGUACUAGAUGGUUGCCAUGAGGCAUUCUCGCGAGAUGGUGAUGCUCGCUUUAAGUACGUCCAGGAUUGCAUCGCAGAGCACAAAGCAUCGAUCGAGCAAACGAUGGGUGAAGGUGGUAUAUUCUAUGUAUGCGGAGAUUCCAAACUGCUCUUACCACAGAUCGCCGAUAAAUUUACAAUGACCAUCAUAAAUGGCGGCGGUAAUGCAGUGUUGGCCGGUACCAGUGUAAAAACAUUGAAAUCAGCUGGUAAAUAUAGGGAAGACGUUUGGUUGUGAAACACCAAGAGAAAGUGUAGGAAAGUGUUUUGUAAAAACAACUGAAAAAUCGCUCAUCAAAUGAGCGACAAUGUGUUACAUGGAAAAAAUGGAAAAAUUGCAUUCUUAUUAAGGAAAAGUUCCUAAUUGAAACCCGACAUGGUUUGUUCGUUGAAAUAAAAGUAUCCCAACUGCAAAAAACAACUUACCUGCAGCAAUGGCCUCAGAAGCGCGAUCAUGUUCGGAUGUUUCAGUACCAGACGCUCCAAUGUUCAAUG